AAAGAGCAGAAUGAACAGCGAAGCGUUCAGAGCCCUAGACGCCAUUCUUUUCUUUAUGUUCAUGUAAUGGCCGCCAUUAGCGUUGGCACCAACACCUAAAGACUCGAGCAGGCAACAACCAAGAGAUAUUUCUAAUCGCUAUACAUGUAGAAGUGGUUUUAGAAUGUGCAAAAACUGUCUGCAAUUUGGAUACGAUUAGCCAACAGGGCAUCGACCACCUUGGCGGGUCGCUAGCUCGCCAGGGAGUGGUAGUUGGGUAGUCGACAGCACCAAUACACGGCUUGGCCUAGUGUUGUGUGGCUGGUGAUUCGCCGAGCAUUGGUGUACAAUUUGCCGACCAAUCAUUGGGAAAGUGCUGUCGAAAAUAUCCAAU